AUGCGCUCCUUUACAACGCUGGCCGUGGGCCUUGGUAUAGCUGCUGUCGCAUCAGCAUCCGAUGUUGUUUCCCUUACAAAAGAUACCUUCACAGACUUUGUAAAGACAAAUGAAUUGGUUCUUGCAGAGUUCUACGCACCCUGGUGUGGACACUGCAAGGCUCUCGCCCCACAUUAUGAAGAGGCUGCCACAACUCUAAAGGAAAAGCAGAUCAAGUUGGCCAAGGUUGACUGCACGGAGGAGAAGGCCCUCUGCGAGAGCUUCGGUGUUGAGGGCUACCCUACGUUGAAGGUCUUCCGAGGCCCAGACAACUACUCCGCCUACACCGGCGCACGCAAGGCUCCAGCGAUCGUUUCUUACAUGACCAAGCAGUCCCUCCCAGCUGUGUCGACCUUGACAAAGGAUACUCUUGAAGACUUCAAGACUGCUGACAAGGUGGUUCUGGUCGCAUACUUCGCCGCUGAUGACAAGGCCUCGAACGCAACAUUCACUACCGUGGCCGAGAAGCUCCGUGAUAGCUUUCUCUUUGGCGCUAUCACUGACGCUGCUGUAGCCAAGGCUGAAGGUGUUACUUUCCCAGCUGUCAUCCUCUACAAGUCUUUCGAUGAGGGCAAGUCCAUCUUCACUGACACCUUUGACGCCGAGACCAUUGAGAAGUUCGCCAACACCGCAUCUGUCCCAUUGGUCGGAGAACUUGGCCCAGACACCUACACAAUGUACAUGGAGACUGGACUUCCCUUGGCAUAUAUCUUCGCCGAGACCGAGGAGGAGCGAACCACUCUUGCCAAGUCUCUUAAGGAUGUCGCCGAGCUUCACCGAAGCAAGGUCAACUUCGCCACCAUUGAUGCUAAGGCAUUCGGCGCACACGCUGGCAACUUGAACCUCGAGCCCGGCAAGUUCCCCGCUUUUGCCAUCCAAGAUACCGUCAAAAACUUGAAGUACCCUUACAGUCAAGAGAAGGAGAUUACUGCCGAGACCAUUGGCGAGUUCGUCGCCAACUUCGUUGCUGGUAGGAUGCAGCCAAGCAUCAAGUCUGAGCCCGUCCCAGAGACUCAAGACGGCCCAGUCACCAUCGUCGUUGCUGACAACUACGGGUCGAUUGUCAUGGACGACCUGAAGGACGUUUUGAUCGAGUACUACGCCCCGUGGUGCGGUCACUGCAAGGCCCUUGCCCCCAAGUACGACAUUCUCGGUCAAUUAUACAUUGAUGCGAACCUCACGGACAGAGUCACUAUCGCCAAGGUCGACGCUACCGCGAACGACGUCCCCGCUGAGAUCACGGGCUUCCCCACCAUCAUGCUUUACAAGUCUGGUGAUAAGCAGAACCCAGUGACUUACGACGGACCCCGUAGCGUUGAGGAUCUCAUCAAGUUCAUCAAGGACGAAGGCAAAUACGGUGUUGAGGUUGCGUACGAGGAGGAGGUUGUUCAGCCGCCUGCCGAACCGAUGCCCGAACAAGCCGCUACCGCAACUGAGUCGGAGGAUACAGAGGCAGCCAAGACCAAACCCAGCGACGCAAAGAAGUCUCCUGAGCCAGCUGAGGAGGCGCAUGAUGAGUUGUAG